AGCCCUGCUGGAGCGGGGGGGGGGGCGUUGCUCUCCCCCGGGUCGCUGCCUAAGCCAGCCCGGGGCCACUGUGGCAGCCGCCACACGCGGCCUCCUCCCCGGGACCGGCAGCCUUUGGGGAUGCAGAUGCAGGCAGGAGACAGGCGGGGGGCGACGACCAGCCCCUCUGCCAACGUCACGCUGCGAGUGAGACAAAACCGGAGCAGAGCCCGGGCUCGCCGGCACACGCAGCUCCCUCCCCCUCGCGCGUCGGCGCCGCCGGGCUCCGAGCCGCCCAGAGGCCGGGAGCGCGGGGCGGCCGGGCGGGGGCGGGCAGAGCGCUCCGGGCCCGGGGGGCCGCCGAGCAGCCCCGCCGCCGAGCCGCCUUCGCGGGGCUCGGGCUUUCAGCACCGCGGAGAGCUCCCCGCGCCGGGCCGGCCGGCCCCGGGCAUGGCCAGCGCGCCGCAAGGCGAGAAGCAGCUUUUCGAGAAGUUCUGGAGCGGGACCUUCCGAGCCGUGGCCACGCCGAGACCCGGGAGCGCCAUCGCCGCCAGCAUCGCCGCCCGCAAGCCGCCGCCGAGCACUGAGACGCCGAGCUGCCUGUCAUGCCCAACGGAGGAGAGACGCUUGGAAAAGCCGAAUGGAAACUCAGCUCAGGAGGCCUCCAGCACCAAUGGCUGUGUGAAAGGAAAGGACAGCAGACAGUAUGCCCAUCACAGAUCCCGCAGCCCUUCACACGAUGAGGAGUACACGCCACCACCCCCGUCCCGGGGGAAGAAAAAGAAAAAGAAAUCUACACGUAAGAAGAGGAGGAGGUCUCCAUCGUAUAGCCCCUUGCCUGUGAAGAAGAAGAAGAAGAAGAAGAAGAAAAGCUCAAAGAAACGAAAAAGAAACAGGUUAUCUUCAAAGAAGAGAAGACACAGCUCCUCAAGCCCAAAAAGUAAAAGAAAGGAAGAAAGAAAACACAAAAAACACUCUCGUAGCCGGCCACGAAAAUCCCACCGCCACCGCCAUCGCCACUACCACUCUCGCUCGGAGAGCUCCGAUUCCCUCUCCUCUAGCUGCCAAAGCAGGCACAGAGGCAGGUCUCAGGAGGAAGGCCAUAAAGCAAGACGAAGACGCUCCCAGCACUGUUCAAAGAACACUGAGAAGCGAAGCAUCUCUGCAGAGGGUCAGGCCAGCCAUUCCCCCAGCCAAACCCUUCAGAUCUACAGCUUCCUCUCGGCUAAGGAAGUAAUCUCUCAGUCGGGGUCAUCUGCUGACCUCUUUACCAAAACAGACAGCCCGCUUGGCAUCCUAGCCAGUCGGAAUGGAGGGGCCCAUGAAUCUGACUCAGGAAACGAUACUUCCUCCCCUCCCUCCACUCAGACAAGCUCAGCCAGGCCAAAGGACAGCCAGGAGAAAAGAAGCCUAGCCCACAAUGGCUUUGGCCAUGCCUUCUCACCUGGGAAACCCAAAUUGGCCAACAGCGAUAACAGCUCUGAUUCGGGAAAUUCCUUCACCAGUUGUUUUUCCCAGAGCAAGGGAACAACUUUGGAAAAUCUCUCUCCGGAUGACCAGGGACAGGAUCAAAGAGGAUUCCUGUCCCCGUGUCUUGCCUGCUCGGAGGUGAAGAAGCAGAGCCCCCUACAUUCCCCAGACUGCAGCUCCCCACUGAGACAGUGCUCCCGCAGCGCAUCGUACACCAGCACAGGGAGGUCCUCCCGUGGCUCCAGUCGCUCCGCCCAUUCCCGCUCAUUGCAUCACAAGGCCACGCCCAGGUACUCCCGAAGCAGAUCCUGCUCCUCAGGGAAAAGGUCCUAUUCACGUUCCCCCAGCUACUCAUCCAAGUCCUGCAAAAGAAGCCCUGGAAGCAGGAACUCCAGACUGCGUCGGAGCCCCAGUUAUUCCCGCUACAGCCCCGGCAGGGACCGUGCGAGAGAGCCCAAGUAUGGCUCCAGCGAGAAGGAGUCCCAGCGGGAGCGGGACAAGUGGCGGCGGAGGUCCUACUCGCCCAUGAGGAAACGCAGGAGAGAUUCUCCCAGCCACCUGGAAGCUCGCCGCAUCACGAGUGCCCGGAAACGCCCCAUCCCGUACUACAGGCCCAGUCCUUCCUCCUCCAGCAGCCUCAGCAGCUGUUCCUCCUGGUAUAGCAGUGUUAGCCGCUCUCCUGGCCGCAGCCGCAGCUACUCCAGCUACAAGAGCAGCCGGAGCAGAAGCUGGAGCAGCAGUAGUGACAGCAGCCGGAGCCGGAGCCGGAGUUCAGGCCCAAGGAGCAGCCGCAGCAGGAGCAAGAGUUACGGCUCUGAGGACAGCUAUGACAGCCUGCGGCGCUAGGGCAUCCCCCUCCCUGCUGCAUGCGUCGGGGUCAUCUCUUUCAAUUCCUCUCUCCUCCAGUCUCCCCAGUGAUAGCUUAUUAUUUCAUGUUUCUUUUGUGGCAUCCACCAGCCCCCUUUUGUGCCGGGCACUGCACCCGUAGAGGCAGACGUGGGCCUGGCUGCUCCAGAGAACAUGUGGGCAGAGAGGGAGGGUCCGUUCUUUGCAGAGGCUGUGUUGAUUAUAAACCAGCCUCCCCCACCCGUUCCUGGCCUAUCUCCAGGGAAGCAUUUGCCUGCGGCUAAUCCAGGGCGGGAGUUUAGCUCCUUGCGUUUCCCUGGCCAGCAGACAGCAAGCACCAACUGGCUGGAGGGGAGAGAGGAGGGAGAGAAAUAAUUUAAAAGAAACUCUCUUCAAGGCUUUUGGGCCGGGCAGAGAGAGUCCGGGUCUGGCCCUGCUUCUGUUGAGGUCAGUAGCAACGCUUCCCUUGACUCCAGCCUGGAGCCCCCCAUGCACUGCGGUGUGGCCUCUCCCCUACAAAGGGAAAAAAACAGAGGCUUGUGCCGUAUGGAUUCACCUUCAUUGGAGGUGGCUUUCCCACUGUGCCCCUCCCCCGGGGAGGAAUAUUCACUCGCCGUGGGUCAGCCAAUUCCUGCUGUGAACGCGAAGGAAGAAAUUCUCCCGGGGAGUGGAUUGUUCGGAAGGGGCCAUUCCCUCGCCCCUGCCCCCCUUUUUAUAUCACGAGUUUGCUUCUCUUCCCCCCAGCAACAUGACCCGCUGUUGAUCGAGCUGGUGAGGCGUUACGUGGAAGUGGGAACAAUCAAGGGCUGGGUGCUGGGAGGCCAGGCCAACAAUCGGGAAAUGCAAGGGAGCAAAGUCCCUUGAGAAGCGUCAGGUAGCGCGUCUGCUGUGAGCCCUCAGCCCCAGAGCUCUCCAGGGCUCCCGCUGGUGGCUGUUUUUAUUGCAGGAGCUCUGUGCUGUGCAAUGGAAGUCCCCGGCAGGCCAGCUGGGAGUGAGGUUCCGGGUCCUUUUGGGUACCGGGUCAUAUGGGCACAGGAAAUUCCAACAAAGCAUAUUCGUAAGUGGCCCCCAGGCAGGGGUGAAAGUAACUUAAACUCUUAAAGGACUUACCGGUAUGCCAAAGUCCUGAGCAGGGGGCGGGGCCUCAACCAGAAGAGGCGGGGCCUUUAAAUCCACA